AGUGCUCAGCUCCUGUUUUUGGCAAUGUGUUACCACCAAAGGCGCGUUCUGCGAGGAUGUGUCUGCGCACGUUUAGAACCCAGCAGAUGCUCAGGUCUCAGGCAGCUCCAAAGCCAGAUCUGCAUUAGUACAGAAAAGACUUAAAAUAGAAAUCAUGUCAGCAGCAUACUUGAAUCAGUUGCAGCACAUUUUUAGACUGGCUUUAUAGGGCUUACAUAGAACGUGUUUGUGUUUAUUAAAAGUACUUUGGAUCCGAGUAGUUUUUAUUGCUAGGAGGUCCAAGCUCCUGUUAACGCUUACCUUGCUUGAGAGAAAUAUUUAAACAAAUGCUUCUCUUAGUUAAAAGCCUCGAGUUCCCCAGGAGUUUUGCUGGUGCAGCUUUUUGUGUGCACGUGAGAAAAAAUACAGACCUCCCAAAGAGAUCAUCUUGCAAGCAGGACUAUAUGUAGAUAUAAUUAGCCCAUCCAAAAAAAUCUGUUAAGUUUGUUCAGGAAACUCUUACAGUGUACCACUCUGAAAAACUUUUGAUCUGCAUCAUAAUGUGCAGGGUUUGUGAGUAUAUGUACAUUACUUCCAUUUUAGCAGAUAAUGGACCAGUUCGGGUAUUUUCAAUGGAAAAAGAAGUGUGAAAGGGGCCAUCCUAGUUUUCAGUUUCUCAUAUGAGCCUGGUGUACGAACAUCAGAACUGCCGUUUUUUCCUCUGUUCUAUGCUGUGCAUAGCCUUACAGUUGGAGGACUGGAGAAUACAUAACGCUGGUUUAAUGCUGUUUUUGCCCCUUAGUCCUGCAUGGGUCAUGCUUCCCUUGGAAUUUAGAGACCCUGCUUCAGUGCAGGUGUAGGAUCUUAGCCUGCAACUGAUUAAUGUGAAGAGUUGGACUAAUUGCAUACAUCAUGCUUGUUUUUUCAAAUGUAGACAGUAGGUAACUGCAUUAGAUACUUCAGAGAAUUAGAAAAGUAGUGCUGUUUGGGAGCAGAAGUGUCUGGCUGUGAAAACAUGGGACACAAAAUUAGCAUGUAUAACUGAGAAGCCUGUGAUGCGUAGAACUUCGGGCAAUACUGACAUUAAGUGGUGCAUUCUGUGGUCCUUUCAACUUGGUGACUGAAGACUUUGGAACUUCUGAAGAAAUGUCAGGAGAGGAAGUUUCUUUACUCUGAGGGCUCCUGAUAAUCUGUGUCAUGUGACCUUUUACCAUAGUGGCAUGGUGAAAUCUGAAUUUAUUUGCUCUGAUAGAUUUGUGAUGCUCCGAUUUUUUUUUUUUUUUCUGUAUUAAAUAUCUGAAUGAAAGAGGCAUCUGUCAGUUUUGGCAUGGCAGAUUCUCCUUUGGUUGGGAGUGUAAACUGACACUUAGGAAACUGGGUUCAAAGUUCUUUCUCGAAUGUCCCAGGUAAGUGUCCUUGUUGUCGUUUGAGUUUGGAAUCAAUCUUUUUAUUUGAUUUUGACCACAAAUUUGAUCAUGAAACUGAAGAAUCUCUUCAGUUUUACUGAAAUUGAGUGCUACUAUGUGUAUGCAUUUUCUUGUUUUUAAGAAUCACGGUUGAAAAAUUUUUCUAGAAGGGUGGAGAAUUCUAAUUAGUGUCAUGUGUUUAACUUUCAGGGCUACCCCUUCAUAUCUGUUGUGUGGAAGCCCUUAUUUAAGGAUUAGUAGUAUUCAUGAAAUGCAGUUGUUUAAUAUGGAGAAUUACAAGUUUGGUAGUCUUUUGGUUGAUAAUUAAGCUGUCCUCAUAGUUCAUUUUGGCAACAUGUGAUUUGUUAUUCAGUAGAGGACAAAUCAAGGAUGAAACAGUAAUUGAAUGACAUAGUAGUAGCAGUACUAUGGCUUAUAUUUACGUUUUAAGUGCUCUAGAAUCAAAAUGCAAUAGCAUACAAAAUAACUACAUUUUAUUCUUUCAUAAAUUAUCUUUAAUUGUAGUAAUACUUGGUAAAAUCACUGUAACUCUAAGUUUUCUGAAAAGAUUAGUGUCUCGGUAAUUCUUCUCAAGCCUGUAGUUAUUGCUUUCCUUCUCUCAGAUUAGGUUUCAUUCCAUCCAGACUGUGUUAUGUACAAGAGUAACAGCUGCUUGGAUGUGAUUUGGAGUCAUCUGAAAAGUAAACUUAGAGGAUGGAUAACUUUCUUACUGCUAUUUAUUUUGCUGCUACUUUUUUAUUAGAAACAUAGGAAUUUUCAUAUGGGAGUAAACACGUAUUUCUGUAACCUGUCUCAAAUAGUCACUAGUACCAGAUGCUUCAGAAACAGAGGCAAUUUGUAAUUCCUUGCUUCUGUAAGAGGAGGGACCAGGUGUUUGUUUAAUCUUUUGUAUCAUUUUUUUUCUCCUUUUGCCAACAUCAUAUUGGUGUUCUUCGGAAUAUGUCCUCAUCUUCAGAACAGGUUUCAUUCCUGCUUCUGAAAGACAAGAGAGUUCAUUUCCACCGAGAUGAUUUAGUGAAAAUCAGAAGCAGGACUUUAUUGCGUAGUAAUUAGAAGAGAUGAGGAGAAAGGUGCCUUCAAAUGACAAAGGGAAUUCCAUAUAAACAGCUGACAGUUGGUGUCCCCAAGGAGAUAUUUGAGAGUGAGAAGAGAGUGGCUCUAUCACCAGCUGGAGUUCAAGCCUUGGUUAAACAAGGCUUCAAUGUUGUGGUGGAAUCUGGUGCUGGAGAAGCUUCCAAAUUUUCUGAUGACCAAUACAGAGAAGCUGGAGCAAAGAUCCAGGGGACCAAGGAAGUCCUGGCUUCGGAUUUGAUUGUGAAAGUGAGGGCUCCUGUAUACAACUCGGCUCUAGGUGUACAUGAGGCAGAUCUUUUUAAGAUGGCGGCGACCCUGAUUAGUUUUAUCUACCCAGCACAAAAUCCAGACCUCCUGAAAAAACUAGCAGAAAAAAAAGCUACUGUCUUGGCUAUGGAUCAGGUUCCACGGGUCACCAUUGCUCAGGGAUAUGAUGCACUUAGCUCCAUGGCCAACAUUGCUGGUUACAAGGCUGUGGUACUGGCAGCAAAUCACUUUGGUCGAUUUUUCACUGGUCAAAUCACAGCUGCUGGUAAAGUUCCUCCAGCAAAGGUUUUGAUCAUUGGAGGAGGAGUUGCUGGCCUAGCUUCUGCAGGAGCAGCAAAAUCUAUGGGUGCAGUGGUUCGUGGAUUUGAUACUAGAGCUGCAGCUUUGGAACAGUUCAAGUCUCUUGGUGCUGAGCCUUUGGAAGUAGACUUAAAGGAAUCUGGAGAGGGACAAGGUGGUUAUGCUAAAGAGAUGUCAAAAGAAUUUAUUGAAGCUGAAAUGAAACUUUUUGCCAAGCAGUGCCAAGAUGUUGAUAUUAUCAUCACUACAGCACUUAUUCCAGGUAAAAAAGCUCCUAUCUUGUUUAAGAAAGACAUGAUUGAAUCAAUGAAGGAGGGUUCCGUUGUUGUGGAUUUAGCUGCAGAAGCAGGGGGAAAUAUUGAGACUACAAAGCCUGGAGAAAUGUAUGUUCAUAAGGGUGUUACACACAUUGGCUACACAGAUCUGCCUAGCAGGAUGGCUACUCAGGCCAGUACCCUGUAUUCCAAUAAUAUUAUCAAACUUCUAAAGGCUAUUAGUCCUGACAAAGAGAACUUCUACUUUGAUCCGAAAGAUGAAUUUGAUUAUGGGACUCUGGAUCAUGUUAUUAGGGGAACUGUAGUAAUGAAGGAUGGCAAGGUCAUUUUCCCAGCACCUCCACCAAAUAAUAUUCCUCAAGGAGCACCUGUGAAGCAGAAGACUGUAGCAGAGCUGGAAGCGGAAAAAGCAGCUACUAUUACACCUUUCAGAAAGACUAUGACUAGUGCAGCUAUGUACACAGCAGGUUUAGCUGGUAUGUUAGGACUGGGCAUUGUAGCACCAAAUGCUGCUUUCACUCAGAUGGUGACAACAUUUGGCCUGGCUGGAAUAGUGGGGUACCACACAGUGUGGGGUGUGACUCCUGCUCUGCACUCUCCACUCAUGUCGGUGACUAAUGCCAUCUCAGGUUUAACUGCAGUUGGUGGACUGGUAUUGAUGGGAGGACACUAUCUCCCUGAAAACACUUCUCAAGGUUUAGCAGUGCUUUCAGCCUUUAUCUCUUCAGUCAAUAUUGCAGGUGGAUUUUUAGUCACACAGAGAAUGCUGGAUAUGUUCAAACGUCCCACAGAUCCUCCUGAGUACAACUACUUGUACCUGCUUCCUGGUGGUGUAUUUGUAGGAGGCUAUGCAGCAGCUCUCAGUGGUGGCUAUAGUAUUGAACAGAUGAUGUAUCUGGGGUCAGGACUAUGCUGUGUUGGUGCCCUGGCUGGUCUGUCUACUCAAGGAACAGCUCGUCUUGGCAAUGCUUUGGGUAUGAUAGGUGUUUCAGGAGGUUUAGCAGCAACUCUUGGAAGCCUUAAUCCCUCACCUGAACUGUUGGCACAGAUGUCAGGUGCAAUGGCACUUGGUGGUACCAUAGGUCUGACAAUCGCUAAACGCAUCCAGAUCACAGAUCUGCCUCAGCUGGUGGCUGCUUUCCACAGUUUGGUUGGUCUGGCUGCUGUGCUCACCUGUGUAGCAGAAUACAUGAUUGAGUAUCCUCACUUUGCUACUGAUCCAGCUGCAAACCUCACUAAGAUUGUGGCCUAUCUUGGCACGUACAUUGGUGGGGUGACUUUCAGUGGCUCUCUUGUUGCAUAUGGAAAACUGCAAGGUAUCCUGAAUUCUGCCCCUCUGCUCUUGCCUGGUCGACAUGCAUUAAAUGCGGGAUUGCUGGCUGCCAGCAUUGGUGGAAUGAUUCCGUACAUGAUGGAUCCCAGUUACACUACAGGAAUUACUUGCCUAGGUUCUGUGUCAGCACUCUCAGCCAUCAUGGGUGUCACUCUAACAGCAGCUAUUGGAGGUGCUGACAUGCCUGUAGUUAUUACUGUCCUGAACAGUUAUUCUGGAUGGGCUUUGUGUGCUGAGGGCUUUCUACUGAACAACAACUUGCUGACCAUUGUUGGUGCACUCAUUGGCUCCUCUGGGGCUAUACUCUCUUACAUCAUGUGUGUGGCUAUGAACCGUUCUCUUGCAAAUGUGAUUCUUGGGGGCUAUGGCACUGCAUCAACAGCUGGAGGGAAGCCCAUGGAAAUUACUGGAACCCACACAGAAAUCAAUGUGGACAAUGCAAUUGAAAUGAUAAAAGAAGCCAAUAGUAUUAUUAUUACUCCAGGUUAUGGUUUGUGUGCAGCAAAAGCUCAGUACCCAAUAGCUGAUCUGGUGAAGAUGUUGAGAGAGCAAGGGAAAAAUGUCAGGUUUGGUAUUCACCCUGUGGCUGGACGUAUGCCAGGUCAGCUGAAUGUACUACUAGCAGAGGCUGGUGUUCCCUAUGAUAUUGUACUGGAAAUGGAUGAGAUCAAUGAAGACUUCCCAGAAACUGACUUGGUCCUUGUAAUUGGUGCAAAUGAUACAGUUAAUUCAGCAGCUCAGGAAGAUCCGAACUCUAUCAUAGCUGGAAUGCCAGUUCUUGAGGUCUGGAAGUCCAAGCAGGUCAUUGUAAUGAAGAGAUCUCUGGGAGUUGGUUAUGCAGCAGUGGACAAUCCAAUCUUCUACAAACCCAAUACUGCCAUGUUGCUGGGAGAUGCCAAGAAGACUUGUGAUGCCCUGCAAGCGAAAGUCAGGGAAUCAUAUCAAAACUAAAUACUGAUUUAUAUUCUGCUUGUGUUUGCGACCAUGGUUUUGUCACAGAGGUUAUGGAAAACAAGAGGUAGAAGAAUCUCUCAUAGUUUUAAGGCAGCUGGCUUUUAGAGAAGACUGCAUUGACUCCUAGGAGAUGUAGUUUGGUCGGGGAUAUAAACUUUUAUAAAAAACAUGGGCAGAUUAGCCCUUCAAACUAAAUCUUCAGUGAAGCAAUGCACUAAAAAAUGAAAAUGUGCUUUUUAAGGUUAACAUUUUGCUGUUAAGGAACUAAUAACUCAGUCAUCUUUAAGUAGUUACUGACUUCCUCCUUCUUAGUGUCUGUACUUCUGUCAUGGAAAUUCACUAAAAAAUACUGUGCCAGAACUAUAUUCAGUCGUAUCAUCAAAGUGGUAUUUUGGCUGAUAUGGACAAAACAACUGUUGAUUUCAUCAAAACUUAAAAAUAAAUUUCAAACAGAUGCAAGCAGAAGUAAA